AGAAAAAGUUAUCGACAAAGGUUAUCGCAUUAAAUAACUAAAAUAAUUUAUAACUGAAAAUGUCACUAAUUGUGGUCGAGGACGAUUCGAGCGACGAGCGAGCGUCAGUAUCUGAAGACGAGCAAAGCAAAGAUGUAUCUGAUAACAGGUUUAACAACAAACCUAGCGCUCGAGAGUUGACCAUGGAUGAGAGAUCUUACGACGAUGCAGAAACGAUAUCUACUCCUGAUAAUAACGAUGAUGAAGAAAAACCACUCCUAGAACUAAUGAAGCACCUGAUAAACUACAACGGCAAGCAGAACACCAAGUUAACGAACAGCCAGCUCGUCGGCAUACUGAAGAAAGAGUUCAACCUGGACCCGGCGAGGCUGCACUUCAUAAGCGUGGAGAUAUAUAUGAAUGUGCUGAAGAAGUUCUUGAAGGAUUGGCCGCAGUGGGACGAGUUUGAUCAGGUCAUGCAUGAAACCCGCUGCAUGGAUGACCACGAAGAGGUAGAAAAGAUGCUAGACAUCGAAUACACAUCCUUAAAAACGUACCUCUCCACCAUUUUGAAAGCUACCGAACCGUUCGCCAGAGAAGAGACACAAAAACUAAAACGAAGCGAAGAGAUUCCAGAAACAAGCAAAUCUGUACCUGGUGAUGUUGUACUAGAGAUUAACUGUACAAGAGAUCAGUUAAAUAAGCUAUUUUUCAGAAAACCGCAUCCAGAAUACAAAGAUAGUAUAUUUAACAUUGCUCCUCACUUACCAUCAAAGAUCUACAUACAUCAACAAAAUUUUCAAUCUAUGCUCAAUUCCUGUUACGUUAACAUUAGUAUAAACAUGGAUUAUUUUAAAUAUAAAAGAGAGAUGCUGGCGAAUUUUAAACAUAAAUUAGUUAAUAAAAGUCUAAGACAGAUUCAAAGAGAGCCGAAAUUGAACACGCACCUUCAAACACUAAAGUUGUCGAAAGGGCAAACGGAUGUUGCUAGAAAGGAUUUGAAAUUUGUUAUAGAAAAAAUUCAGAGGUCGAAUAGAUAUGGCAUAGAACAACAGCAUGAUGUUGAUACGCUGUUUAGAACUGUUAUUGAAGACUUAAGUGUGUUACCAGCUACGUAUAAUAACGGGAGAGUGGAGACACCCAGUAUAUUUAGACAUUAUUUGAGCAGAUUCCCAUUUGUGAGACAUCUGUGUCAGGAUGUUGACGGGGAGUCGGAGAAGUAUGAUCUGCAGUUGGAAGAGAAGAUUUCACCGAUGCUGUGUUUCCAUAUAAACAGGUGUAAUGUGAUAGGCAAGACUAUAAACACGGAUAGCAACUGGCUGAAACUGGAGUGUUCCAUCUGUCAGAUAAAGUAUCAUGGCGUCCAAGGCAUCGAAGCGUUGAAGACACAUUUUAGGGAAUGUCAUCAAAACGAACAGAACUGGGUCUGUACCCAUUGUGACAAGGAGUUCGUGGCCGCCCAGCUAGCGACCGCCAGAUGGCACCACCGGUGUGAGAACAAUUAAUACAAACUCUAAGAUUGACUUAGGAUUAGUUUCCGAUAUAACCUUUCUUAUAGCUCAUGAAUCUCAUCAGCAGUUCUCGAAAAGUUUGUACAUAGCCACGUCAGCAAAUUUUAAUUGAUCCUAUUUUGUUACCAACAUUUAGUAAU